AUGGACCCUAAUGUUAUGGAGUCUAAAAUUGUUGUGAGUUCAUGUGGACAUGAUGGUACUUUUGGAGCCACUAGUGUGAAGAUGCUCAAGAGUAUUGGUUUGAUUGAAACUGUUCCUGGAAUGAAGGCUCUUGACAUGAACACAACUGAGGAUGCUAUUGUUUGGCAUACUAGGGAGGUUGUUCCUGGUAUGCUUGUUACUGAAAUGGAGGUUGCUGAGAUUGAUGGUGCUCCAAGAAUGGGUCCAACAUUUGGAGCAAUGAUGAUAUCAGGACAGAAAGCAGUUCAUUUGGCUUUGAGAGCACUUGGACUUCCUAAUGCUAUGGAUUCUACAAGAAAAAUCCACCUUGAGCUUGUCCUAGCUACUGCUGAUAAUGCUGGAGUUGCAGGCGCUUAA